AUGGAAGAGUUCGCUUUUGAGCAGGUUGGAGGCAGAGUGAAGCUGCUCGAGACACCCAAGAUGUUCGUUUGCUCGCAAGAAGAAGUCCGUGCAUAUGGAGCGGCCAGAGAGCAAAGAAAGAGAGAGGAAAUGGAGCAGGAACGCCGGCGCCGGCACCGCACCCAGAAGGAGUUGCAAGACAUUCAAGACUUUCUGGGCGCUCAUCACUUUCCAGAUGUGAACAGCGCUCAAAGUUCGUGGUGGGGGUUCAAACGCACCUAUCCCCUACACACAGCAGUGCGUGAAGGCAACUGGCGCAUGUACCAGCUCCUGGUGAAGCACGGAGCGAACAGACAACAGAAAGAUAGCCAGGGCAAGCGGCCCUGCGAGUGUGCGGUCAAGAAAACCUUUUUUCAGCGGCCUGGCCUCACCUCAAAGCUUGCUUUGCCGUUUGCCAACUGA